AUGGUAGCAGCUGUUCGCAAGUGGACUGCUGUUAUCAUGAGGUGUCACGUUCUCUACGUCAUGUAUUCGCGGGCAGGUCUGCUGGAGACCUUACACAGCCGAGCGGACCCUCUUAUCAGGUACAUUGCUUGGGCCGACAGGCAGGUCGUCGCGGCAUUUCCAUUUUCAGAAGAAAGCCUCUAUGCCUUUGCUUGUGAAUGCGAGGGCAAAUGUGCACCCAGCUUCCUCAAGAGUUUGAUGAGCAGCAUUAGUUUUUGCUUUCACAUCCUCGGAGCUGGCAGUGCUCAGGAGGCCAUGAACAGCAAGCGCUUGGUGGGGGUGGCAAAGGCUUGCUACCUCACCAAGCGAAAGAGGUUUCAGCGGCCCCCGCUUACCACAGAGAUGGUGCUUCGUCUUGAGAGGUUGGUCGUUUCUUCCAGUGGUGACAGGGUUGAUCGUUUCAUAGCAGGAUUUUUCUUGCUGUCAGUGUAUAUGCGGGGUCGGUACUCCGACACGCAGAACAUGUGCAACAUUUUCGAGGAUCGCCCCAGUCCUGAUCCCACUGGUCUUGGAGGAUAUUUGCAAGCCGAUGUGGCUAGGUCUAAGACUGCUUACACGACGGAACGAAAGACCCAGCUGCUGCCCAUGGUGGCACCCAGGCAUGGAUUGUCAGAUGAGGAUUGGUUCACUGCUUGGUCACAGGUCCGCAAGGAUCUUAAGGUACCCAUUGGUGAGGGCAAGCCCGUGCUCCCGGCAAUUUUGACGACAGGUCAUUGGGCGGGCCACCCGCCUAGUGCGUCGGUGGCGGCAGGCUGGCUUCGCAGCCUCCUUAGGAAGUGCGGGUUCUCCGAGCUGCAAUGUUCUCGAGUCGGCACGCAUUCCUGCAAAGCCACUUGUUUGUCGUGGUGUGCCCGCUUCGGAAUCGACAGCUACGAUCAGAGAGUCCUCGGAUUUCACACGGCUCCAGGCGACAGGAGCGCUCAGGUAUACAGCAGAGAUGCCGUGUCCUCCUCAGUCCGUGUCUUAGAGGGCGUGCUGUCGCGGAUAAGGAAGCUGGAGUUCGCUCCAGACAACACACGGUCGGGAUAUUUUCCUACUGUGGAUGAUGCUGACGCCGGUUAUGAUGUCGAGGGAUCGGGCUCAGAGGCUUCGCUUGAUGAGGAGGAGGACGAGGCCGAUUGUGAGCAGUUGGAGAUAGCCUUGGACAGUGUCGCGGACGAUUGGGCCGAGGAGACGCCUAAGAGGCCGCUGAGGGCUGAACAGCUUGUUCGGAAUCGUGCAUCUCGGAUGCUGCAUGUCAUUGCCGAUGAGAGUGGCAACGUUUUGACAUGUGGGAGGGCUUGCACCAGGAACUACGAGAAGGUCGCGGCCGUGCCGUCUUUCUUGUAUCCAGUGUGCAGUCGAUGCUUUGCGGUGGUGCAGCGGGAUCCUGAAGGAUCUCCAAAGGCUGCCCCGUCACAGCCGCCUGAGGGAGAUUGA